AUGUGGUAACUUUCCAUGCAAUUCUUGUCCUCUUCUGCCAGCCUUUUUUUCUUCCCUCGGGCUUCCUUUAGUACCUUUGGACCCGGAAGCUCCCCAUCUCUUUCUCCAUCUGCACCCAGAAAAGCUGUUCCUUCAACUCUGAGCGGGUGUCCUGGAAGCCACAAACCAUCAGCAAUGGCUGCCACACAAAUGACUGAGAGUACCAUCACAGUGGGUGGGCAGACCCUGUUCUACCGACAGGCCACACCGGCGCAGCAGGCUCCCCGACUUUCCAUCUUGCUGCUACAUGGCAUUCGUUUUUCAUCAGAGACUUGGCUGAACCUCCAAACUCUCUCUAAGUUGGCGGAAGCUGGAUAUCGGGCUGUAGCUAUUGACCUGCCUGGACUAGGUCGUUCCAAAGAGGCUACUGCUCCAGCGCCUGUUGGGGAGCCAGCCCCAGGUAGCUUCUUGAAGUCCAUCUUUGAGGCUCUGCAGCUUGGCCAGGCCGUGGUGAUCAGUCCCUCUCUCAGCGGGAUGUAUUCGCUUCCAUUUCUCUUCCAACACAGCGAUCUGUUCAAGGCCUAUGUUCCUGUGGCACCCAUCUGCACAGAUAAAUUCCCAGCCACACGAUAUGCUGGAGUCAAAGUACCAACGCUCAUUGUUUAUGGAGACCAGGAUGCUCAACUGGGUGAAGUGAGCCUGAACAAUUUGAAGAAUUUACCUAAUCACAAAGUGAUGCUGAUGAAAGGGGCUGGCCAUGCCUGCUACCUUGACAAACCAGACGAGUGGCACCUUGGUCUUUUGGAUUUCCUGAAGAGCAUAGAGUGAUGCCUGAACCGGUUUUGCAACUGACCACGAUCAAUGAUUUUCUCACCCGUCUCUCCGGUGUAUGCUUCCUGAUUAUUAGGAUCUUUUUCUACAGUUCUGUUAGCAACUGAAGCAGGACCUUUGGAAGUGCCUGACAACUUCAAAAUGCUCCUGCAUCCAGAACACAGCUUAUGUUCAUUAUUUACAUAGUCACCAUGUCUCUUUGCCUUUCCAUGUUCUGAUUGUAAGAUGCAUUGGAUCACAUUGAAUUUGCAUUUUACAUAAAAAGAUGUUAGAACUCGUGUAUUGGGACCCGAGUUGCCAUUUUGCUAGUUAUGAUCUGGAAUGGAUCUACUUCUUUCUUAUUCCCAUCACUCAUGGCUUUGAUAUAGCCACCUAUUUUUUAUUUAAAUGAGCAUAAAAGUCAAUAGCUGGGUGGCUGAGACAGAUGUAAAGAUGGGGAAACCUGUCUAUUCACAUCCAAAGUCUUUCAAAGCCAAUCCACAGUGAGCUGCAGAAAUCUUGGCUAUUUUUGUUCUUGGGAUCUCUGCUCAGGCAUUCCUAUCUCGCUUAAAGAACCUCCUGCCAUUUCAUUGCCCCCUGCUGCACAUACUUCUCUGUGUCAGUGCCUCUUUCUUGCUGCUUUAGAGUGGGAAAACGGCUGGUUUUCUUACAGUGAUAAUCAACUACUACUUUGUGUUGCUGUGAGUUUUCCAGGUUAUAUAGCCAUGUUCCAGAAGCAUUCUCUCCUGAUGUUUUGCUCAUAUCUAUAGCAGGCAUCCUCAGAGGUUGAGGGAUCUGUUGGAAACUAGGCAAGAGAGGUUUAUAUAUCUGGACUGUCCAGGGUGGGAGAACGAAUUCUCGUCUGCUUGAGGCAGGUGUGAAUGUUGCAAAGGGCCACCUUGAUUAACAUUUAAUGACCUUGCAGCUUCAGUGCCUUGCAGUUUCAAUGCCUGCUUUGUGAUGAGCCAAUUUUAGGGUGCACAACAAAAUUUUUAGUUCCUAUCUGGGUUACUGAGCAUCUGUCAGCAAUGUGUAUAUGUUAAAUGCUCUUUUUCUUCUUAAAGGCUGGCCUCUCCAAAAAUGGACAGCUAUCAUUUUAGGAAACAUUUCUUUUCCAUGGUCAACUCUUAUUGGCUUAUGUGGUUAAAUUAGAUAUUAAUUUUAUAUAUUAAUUUUCAAAUUUAAGAAAUGGUUAAUGGGAGGUGUUACAAUACUGUUUGUUCAUGGUUGUUAAAAAUGAAGGUAAUAAUAGCAUAAUUUUGUAUGUAUUCGGGGACCAGUUAAGUUACUGAGGGAGAAGAAUUCUGUUAUGUUCCAUACUUGAAUCAUUCCAUUCUAGGUAUGAUGAAAGGGGUUGCUGGGUUAGCAAAGCAGGUCCAGACUUUCAAGAAGGAAGCUGAUGAAGAAAAAUAAAUUAAAUCAGCCAUGUAGACGUUGCCUCAAUUUCAGGUAAAUUCUGGCUGACGGAUUGGCUGUUUGUCAUAAUCAAUAAUUUCUGAUUAAAUAAAUCUGAUUUGUAAUUAU